AUGAUUUCACCACAUCCUAAAGACAACUUCUGCAGAACGCACUUGAGGCAAUGCCAAGUCUCACCGCAUGGGCACGUAACGGACAAUGCCCGGUAUUGGGCGGUGACUAACAUCGAUUACAUUCACUCGCGCACAAGUAGGCGUGUCUUUCUUAUGAUAUUUUGUGUGUGGUCGGCGGCAGUUAUAGUAUCGUUGGCCCCUCAAUUCGGAUGGAAGGAUCCGGAUUACCUGCAGCGUAUAGAACAACAAAAAUGUAUGGUUUCACAGGAUGUUGCAUAUCAGGUCUUUGCCACAUGUUGCACGUUUUAUGUGCCAUUGCUCGUCAUAUUGGUGCUGUAUUGGAAAAUCUACCAAACGGCACGUAAACGCAUACACAGGCGACGGCCGCGGCCAAUCGAUGUGACCGGCAACAAUAAUCAGCCCGAUUUGUCAGCGCAGAAGAAACGCAAACGUCUCAGGUUACGUAUCGGUAAAUUUGCCUCACCUCACACCGGCGCCACUGGCCAAACCACACUCGGCCUGGUUGAGGGCAACUCAACUAAUACGGUUAAUACUGUAGAGGACACCGAAUUCAGUAGUAGUAACGUGGACAGCAAAAGUCGGGCGGGCGUCGAGUCGACCACGAUGUUCACCAACAAUCCCGAAGAGAUUCCAACCACUUCGACUAGUCAAAUAUCGACUGUUUCCCACCUGGUAGCAUUAGCUAAUCAACAGCAUGCAGCAUCCAAAUCAUCGUCUACAGUGCAACAGCAACCAGAUAAAGGCAGUAGCAAUACAAAUACAACGCAAACCGCCAUAGCCUCAGAUGUAACGAUAACAACAACAAUAGAAAACAAUAAAUUGCCUGCAGCAACAACAAAAGUAUGCAUAGUAGCGCCAAGCGACAGUAACGGCAUAACCUCAACACCACCUGCGAUAAAUGGCAGCACAACAGCAGUGUCUGUUGCUAAUGGUGCUGCCGAGGUGCUGGAAGAUCCACAAUUGCAGCAGCAAUUGCAACAAGUGCAGCACCAAACUGACAUGACAACAGCGGGUGGCGGGAAGACAGCACCACCGGCAGCAUGUGCCUCUAAUGCCACCACAAUCACUUCCAUAUCGGCGCUGUCGCCGCAAACACCAACAAUCGUCAACACCGCAGGCAGCGUUGGCGAUGAUGAACACCAGCACCCAUUAGCGCCCACAGCGACGUCAUUGGCGGCCGCAUCCUCCUGCCAACUGCCGUCAACACCCAAGCUAAAGUAUCAGCAACCAUUAUCCAGCAUAGCAAAUCCCGUGCACAAAGUGACGAAGCGCAAGGAGACACUAGAAGCGAAACGUGAACGGAAAGCGGCCAAAACAUUGGCCAUCAUCACCGGUGCCUUUGUUAUCUGUUGGCUGCCAUUCUUCGUGAUGGCGCUGCUAUUGCCGCUAUGCGAAACAUGCGAGAUUAACGAUGGCAUAGCGUCGGUAUUCCUCUGGCUGGGGUAUUUUAAUUCAACGCUGAAUCCGGUGAUUUACACGAUAUUUAGUCCGGAAUUUCGACAGGCGUUCAAGCGAAUUCUCUUUGGAGGUCACCGUCCGGUGCACUAUCGCAGUGGCAAGAUUUAAAGUAUAGGGGCCGUGGUAACGUCUGAAGGGUUAACAUACAAAUUCUCAGUGGAAGCAGCAAUGAAUAACGGCGGCUUUACUUAGCAGCAAUCAAAUUAAAUGUUUUAUCAAAAAUGAAAUUCCUUUAUUUUCAAUAAUUUGGAGAUGGACUGACAAAGAUAUUUUGGCGAAAACGUGGGUGCAAAAGGCAUUGGAUUUGGUCACAAACAAACUUGAGAAAGCAAAGCAAAUUAGUUAAAAAAGAAAGAAGAAAAAAAAGUCAGUCUAAAGCUACGACAUUAGGGGGAGAAAUAUAAGAAACAACACCAAUCAUUGAGUAAUAAAUGUAGAAAAUAGACAAAAACAAAAAAAAAAAUAAAAAAUAAAACAAACACAAAACCCUUUUCUUAUCAGACUUCUAAGCUUAAAAAAUAUACUAUAUAGUUAAGCUUAAGGCAAGGUGACCGCAACAGCCAUGGAAUUGUAAUUGUAGAGCCAGUGGGUGACACUUGCGAGAACGGAAAUUGAAUGGAGAGCAAACUCAAAUACAAAGCAAAAGGAAUGCAUGAAACUGAAAAUCAAACUGCUAGCUUCUGUAAAAGGAGUACAAAAAAAAAUUAAAAAAAAAGAAACUGAAAUAACGAAUAAAUAAAGGAAUAAACUGCUCCUCACACAUUUCUGCGGUUAUGAAUACAAAUGUUAUAUACAUACAUAAAUA